ACACCUAUAUAUAUCCACCAUUUUAAUUCCUUUCAGCAGCAAAUAACAAUGGAAUCAACAUGCGUGGAUACUUCACUCAAUCUUAACGUUAAUGCUUCUUCUAUACUCAAGGACGAAGUUUUGGUUGAAGAGUUACAUCGUCUUAGUUCUGAAAACAAGAGGCUAAAUGAAACAUUGACCAACAUGUGUGAGAACUAUGACACUAUGCAAAAGCAAUUGAAUCAAUUGAUGAAUCAAAAUUUUGAAAACCAAACACAACAAUCAAGGAAAAGAAAAGCUGAGAGUGAGAGUUGCAUCAAUAUGUUUGGUACUGUUAGAGGCAUUAAUAUUAUUAAUAAUAAUAAUGAGUGCAGCACUGUUACUGAUGAAGAAUCAUUAAUCAAAAGGCCAUGUAGGGAUAUUUCAUCACCUAAGGCUUAUAAGGUUCUUGUGAAGACAGAAGCAUCUAGUAAUAGCUUAUAUGUGAUGGAUGGAUAUCAAUGGAGGAAAUAUGGUCAGAAGGUUACUAGAGAUAACCCCUCUCCUAGAGCUUAUUUUAGGUGCUCAUAUGCUCCAAGCUGCCCAGUUAAAAAGAAGGUGCAAAAAAGUGUAGAAGACCCUACUAUACUAGUUGCAACAUAUGAAGGAGAGCACAACCAUGGUCAUGAGAAAGCUGAAAUAUCAAUGAUAUCAAGCCAAAGUGAAGAAGCUCCUUUAGGUUCAGUUCAUGUUACUUCACCUCAACAAAUUAUUCAAAGAACAUGUUCAACCAUGAAGCUUGAUAAUGUUCCAAAAUCAUCUAUCCAGCAAUUUUUGGUUCAACAAAUGGCUACUUCUUUGACAAAUGAUCCUAAUUUCACUGCAGCACUUGCCACUGCUAUUUCUGGAAGAAUUUUGGACCAUACUUCUAAUAAGGACAAAUGGUGAAAUUUCCAUGUAUAAUAGUGCAUUGAGCAUAAAUUAUGAUAUUUUGUUUGAUUCUUGUGAGAGACUUCAAUGUGUCAACAGCUAGUAAUUAGAUGUAUAUAAAAAAUUAAAAUGAAAAAAGAAAUAGCAAGUUGAAAUUUUGUUAUUC